AUGAAUCACAUGACCAAGAUAUCGUCAUUGACAUUAAAACAAAUCAAGCGAUACCAAUAUGCAAGAUUCGUUUACACUGUACAUCAUAAUGAAAAACGAGGCAUCUUUUAUUUAAAACUGGACGAUAAUUCAAAAGCUGUGUUGAAAUACAUUGCGGAUGGAAAGGUAUUGGAUAUGCAAGCAAUUAAUGUACCGUACAGAUAUACAGGACAAGGUAUAGCACGGCUACUUGCUGAGACAGCAUUUACGUACGCUAUCGUGAACUACUACUACAUGUACUUAUCAUGCGAUUAUAUGCAGAAGUAUUAUCUUGCGAUUAAAAAUCCUGAUCUAGAGGAUCGUAUCGUCGGACCACCGCAUAUUUUAGACGGGCCAGAUUCCGAACCCUUGGAUCCCGAUGUUAUUUACGAGCUACCCGAUCCAGAAGACUUUCUGAUCUAUUCCACUUAA